UUUAUAAGUCGAAACACAAGUUGUGAAAUGCACCUAAAAUUCACGUGCCAACCCAUGCCCUUAUUAUUCAAAGCACAUUCCCCCUACCCUUAACUCCACAACAAAAUCCUUUUCUUUCUCUCUCUAUCCAAUGUCCAUCCAACUCAUUCCUUCCCUUCUGUCGCAUAUGCCUUUAAAUCUUUAAUCCCCUUUUUUUCUUUAUUUAGGAUAUCCUCUCUUCUUCACCCCUAAUUUAUUAUUCAAACCCCCCCCCCCCCCCCCCACAUUUAAUUAUGUUACCUUAUAAUCCCUUUUCUCCUUUGUUUUAUCCCAAGAGUCACUCUUUUUUAUGCCGAAUAUCCCUCUUUUUAUUCCUAAUUUUUCUCACACUUUUUAUUUAUUUAUUUAGUCCUACUAUUUCAACAUCCACCUUUAUAAAUACCCCUCCUAAAAUUCGUUUCUUCUCAUUUCAUUACACACAACUACCAAAUCCAAUACAACUACACAUAAAAAUGGCCGUGAAUGUGAGAAGGUGUAACAAACGAGUAACGGACCCUUUCAAUGAAAAAGUCCGUGCUAGAAUUUUUAGUUCUAUUAGUAGUACCACUAGUAGUAGUGGGAGCGAACACGACGCCGAGACCGACGUGGUGUCCGACUCCUUCUAUUCUCUUUCCUCUUCCGCUUCUACCUCUCCGUGCUUAUCCCACCUUGUACAAAACUUUCUCGAAAACUAUAAUUCCCCUUCUAAUAACACCACUACCACCACAGCUGACCCGUUCCACACUCGUGAUUCGUCCGACUCCGAAUCGGAGGAGCACCUACAAUCAGACCCGGUAGCAAUGAUCCGCGACGUCGUUAACCCGAUUAUUUGGAACAUUGCGGAUCAAUUCCGAAACCAGCUUCUCUCAAAUGUAAUGAAAGCAACUGAGAUUUUCUCAAAUUUUCGAAGCAAAAACAAAUCGAUUUAUAAUCGGAAUUUAAUGGCGUACCUUCGAGAAAUCGGAUACAACGCCGGAAUUUGCAAGACAAAAUGGGACUCCUCCGCCGGCGGAACCCUAACCGCCGGAAACUACGAGUUUAUCGACGUAAUCCGGCCAAAUUCAACAGUUAGAUACAUAAUCGACGCCGAAUUUUCCGGCGAAUUCGAAAUCGCAAGAGAAACAGAAAACUACAGAAUACUACGAACAUCAUUACCUAGGGUUUUCGUCGGGAAAGUUGAAGAUCUGAAGAAGAUCAUACGGCUAUUAUGCGACGAAGCUCGAAGAUCGAUGAAGAUCAACGGCCUUACUUUGCCGCCGUGGAGAAGGAAUCGUUACAUGCAGAUAAAAUGGCUUGGUGCUUAUCGUCGGACGACGAAUUAUUUGCCGUCAUCGACGGCGGAUUCUUCGGCGGCGGCGUCGAAGUUUGCCGUGAAAUGUCGGUCGGUUGGAUUUGAUGUAAACGGUAACAGUGGCCGGAUUUUAUUUCCGACCAGAACACGAUAAUUUAAUUUAGUUUAGUUUAAUUUAAUUCGACUGGGUUGAUUUAAAUUGUUUAAUGGCGGAUUAUUGUAGGUACGGAGUACAAAAUUUUUAAUUAGUAUGAUUGCGGUGAAAUUUUGACAUAUGUUACGUAUUGUUUUUGUCUUUGUUACUCGUAACUUUUUACUCACCCAUUGUAUGAUCGAAAAUUUGAAAUGCAUUAUAUAAUGUGUA